ACGACUCGAACGAUUUUUUUUUCAAAUCUCUAUACAUAAUCUUCAUAAAUGAAUUAAGCUUAGAGGCGUUAGCGCCCGCGUUAAUUCAGUUCCUAAGUCAAGGGAAAAACUAUUAACGGUUAUUUCUAGGAGGGGCCUAAUUAAGUCACAGUAUUCAAAAUAAGUGAACCAACAUGCAGCUUACAUUUCUUAAUUUCAUUGUCAUUAAUACAAGCGCUUUUGACAACAUUAAUUUAUUAAGCAAUUCCAAUGACAUAUAUCUUCACCCUAGUAAGCUAAAGCCCCGUGCAAACAGACGCAACAUUGUUGGGAGUUGUUGUGUUCGUUUGCACGUAGCUGAAAGUUUGAUCGGUUUCAAACUUUGCGCAACAACUUCCAACAACAUGCAACAACAAGCAACAGGGUGUGCAAACGGACACAACGAGUAACAUCUGUUGUGAAGUAUUUAAGAAUGUUCUCAUCUUUAAAGUUUAUUUUUUGUUUCAAUAAGUGGGUCAAAGUUAGUGUAGAUUUUUUCUUGGUAGGUGUUUUCCUAUUUUGAUCCUUUAGUACAGCUCGCGGAUUUACUUAAAGUCAUUUUAGGAAUAUUGUUCGCUGCUAUUGAUGGUUUUAACAGUGACGUCAUCAGAUUGCAAAUUCAAAAGAGCGAGGUUUUACGAAUUCUUAUCUACACUAGGUUUAAAAUGAAUAGAAAAUAAAUCUUUGUAGAAGUUACCAGCACCGAAGCAUGUUUGGUGCGUGACACCAAAAAGGAAUGUUGUUUCAUUGAAAAAGGUCAUUCCUCUUGAUUUUCAGCAGUUUAACCAUUUCAAGUGUUCAAAGAUGUGCUUUUGUGCACGUAUGCUAGCUCUUGAGUGAAAAGGAAGAGCAUUUUAUAGAAAAAGAGAACUCCAGAUCGUUUUAUUGAUUUCCGGAGGGCAUGUGGACAGUUUCUGUCCACCAAUAUGGCGUCUCCAUACAAAGCUCUAACGAAGGCACGUGAAAUGUUUAGGCAAAUAACUUAGAAACUGUGGACCACAAAGACCUGAGAUUUGGAUAAAUUGUUAGUCUGUUACAAAAUCUCAUUUUCUUGGCUUCUUCAACAGGACGGUUUCCAGUUUAUUUUUUGUGCCGUGUUUAUUGAGUGACAGUGAAAACGAAGAAUUGUCAGAACAUUGCUACUUUAUCAUAGGUGACCGUUUUUGUCACGUCAGCGCUGACAAUUGGUUCAUUAGUCUCGUUGAAGUUCCUGUUUUGGCUUGUUAACCAGCGUUUUAGUUUUUCAUCGGUUUGCAGCUUUUUACUGAUCACAACCGUGUAGGUUCAGAAAUACCAAAACAUUACCCACACUGAGUUCACCCUGUUUUUUAUUCCCAGCGUCAGCUAACUCAAGCAUGUCCAGCUUUGGUCAGCUAUUUGACUUAGUUUAGAGCAAGGAUUGAGUAGAGAAGAAGAGUAAGAAGAUUAAGAUUGUUAGCAGACGUCAAAGAAGAUAAUAAAUAAAGACCAAGAUGUUAAUCAGAUUCCUAGUACCUCAUCGUGUAGCGAGCGAGUUGAUUGAACACCCUCCAAGAACGGCCAACAAUGUUGUGUCGGUUAAUUACACGGUGCUUAAGUGCUGGGCAGUACUGUAGUUAAUACGGUAUUGAAGGCAGUCACUUGCAAAGUACACUAUAUUGUCGAGAGUAAGACGAAAUAAUUAAGGAAUUGUGCAUUAUCAAAUGCGCUCUCAUCGUCACAUAUCUCAUUUUUCAGUAUGUCAACACAACUGGAGCUCGAGUGUGUUUAAAGGAGUUGUACAAGUCAAAGUACGACCCUCUCUCUGUAUCAUAUACUGUCUUGUCAGGUAAGAACGGUUUAAUGGCAUUCUUCUUUUAGCAACACAUAGGUUUUACUGAUUACUCACAACUAAUUCAUUAUGAAUGCAUACAGGGAUAACUUAUAUAGGAGGGUCAUUUCAUUAAUAGAGGAACGCGAUCAUUUUAAAUAUUACCUCCCUGGAAUUCGUUCAAUGUUUUCGCUACUGAUUAUUCCAUUUAAUCAGUAGAUACUGCUCUCAAUUUGGCGUCGUCAGUUUUAUUUUCCUCUUUUCCUCCUGCUAAGCGUAUCGGUCCCACAAGCAGUCGGAAUGAUGUUUGUGAAGCUGCCUCGUCCCCAGUCGCUCGCGUUGCUUCCCUGCAUUUCUCGCGCUUCUCGAUUGUUCUGUUCUCCCUACUAAGCCUUGGGAAAGCCUGUGGAGAAGGCACUCUUUAAGGGACCAAUUGUGUGGAGAUUUCUAAACUGCACAGUCGUUUUAUAUCUUUAUCACAGAUAUUUGCCAGCCAAGAUGGAGUUUUUUCGGUGGCUACUGUUACUUCACAAGUCGUGCAUGCGCCUCGUGGCUGACCGCUGAGUCAAACUGUUCUACGAUGAGUUCCAAUUUGGUAACGGUUCACGAUCAGGAAGAAAAUGUCUACAUUCAACACCAUCACAACGGAGAGAGAUCUUGGAUUGGACUCAAUGACCGAAGUGUGGAGGGCUCCUUUGUGUGGACAAACAAAGAAAUAAGCAAAUUUAGGUUCUGGGCCCCACAGCAACCGAACGACUGGAAAAACGAAGACUGUGUUCACACUCUUGGCGCCAAGCAUGGUUACACUUGGAAUGAUGUGCCAUGUACUAACUGUUACAACUACACUUGUUUUAAAGGUAAUAAGCAUAGCACUAUGAAGGUUUAUAACCGUAUAUAUCUUAAUCUUCACGUUCCAGAUAGUGAAUCUACUGAUCGUCAGUUAAAACUACUAACAUUUAAAAAGGUCGAAACACAAUAACAGCAUGUUAGGCAGAUGGUUAGACAGAUUGCAUGAAAAGGAAGAGAGGGUAACACCAAUCAGUGUCAUUGUUAGAAACAUAGGGAAACAAGUCGUAUACAUUUGCAUUAAAAAAAUGUCCAUUGACCUAAAAAUGGCCGCAAAAGCAUGAAAUCGGCGUAAUCAAAAGAAGAACGAGAAAGCGUCCAUACGUUGGAACCACAGGAAAAGUGGCGCUAACUUCCGCUUACUUUUUAACCCGGUUUUCUAAACACCUCUUUGCAAAUUAUUAACGAACAUAAGCACAUACGUUAACCAUUAACUGAAAAAAGUCAUAUUGUUUGACAAGAACCCUCUGUGUGGUUGCUUUUUAGACUUGGAUGAAUGUACCACUGGUUCCCAUUCCUGUGACGUCAAUUCCGUUUGCCAGAAUACCGUUGGUUCAUACAAAUGCUCGUGUAAUGCUGGGUACACAGGAGAUGGAAAACCUUGCAAUGGUAUUUGAGAUACAGUUGAUCCUCCAUGUUCAUGUGCGACCACCUCUCCUAAGAGAAACAUAAGUCGACAUGGAGCUACACUUAUCGUAACUUUGAAAUUGCACACAUUAAAUUGUUUUUCAAAGACACGACCUGUUAAUGUUCGAUUUUUGUAAACGAUACCUUCCCAUAAGCGACUCUAAUCUGAAGGUUCGAAACUGAUUGGGUGACAAGCCUUUAAUCUAUCGUAAGAGCUGGGACUCCUUUCUCUCCUGUCUUCUUUUUUGUUUCAUUGUCCAUUUGAUUUUUAAAAGCGUUGAAUCAACCCGUUAUGAGUUUCUGUUGUAAUCUAAUGAUAUUUUUCUUCCUUUAUAUGUAAAAAGGCAAAAAUAUCGAUUACCUAUUGUACCUAAGCAGGAUUAACGCAUAGAGAAAAUGAGAGUAAAUGAUCUUAUUGAUCAAGAGUUUACUGCAUCACUAUUAACAAGAAGCGUUCCUCGCCUUUUUCGCCAGAUAUCGACGAGUGCUCUACCAACUCUCACAGCUGUGACGUUAAUGCGGUGUGUAGUAAUACUGUUGGAUCUUACGCAUGCGCAUGUAAAGCAGGAUUCACAGGAGAUGGAUUCACAUGCACUGGUGAGCCGUUUGAGUACAAUUUUGUUGGUUUGAUAUGUUUGUUUUUUGAGCGAACGGCAACGACAGCAAUACAAGAGUCUUUUGUGCUCUUCUCGCUUUUUACAGUUAAAGCUUUGGUUAGGCUGGAAUUUAUAUUAAUUUUAGUAUUGAAUGUAUGUAGUAAACAAAUAGAAAUGAGGGGCCAAACAGCCAUUUUAUAUGAUAAGUGCAACGAUGGUGGUUGUUCAAACAUGCGAUCUUUUUUUUUAGGCCUAAAAGUCAAUUGGUUCGAUACCCUAACCGUAAAACAAUGGGAAAUAAUGAUAAACAAUAAUGUGUUAGUGUUUCUGCGACCAAUGAGGAAACACCUUACUAGCAGCUCUUACAUUACUGUUUUUUUUUUUUUUUUCACCACGCUUAAGAUAACUCAUUCCGUUUUUCUCGUUCUGUUUUCUCUUAGCAAUGAAAACCGUUUUGAUUAUACAUUUUGGCAUUCUUCGUUUUGUAGAUAUUGACGAGUGCGCCAGCGGUACUCAUAACUGCCACAGUUCACUUGCUUCAUGUACAAACACAGUGGGAUCUUUUAGCUGUUCAUGUAAGAAUCCUUACACUGGAAAUGGCAGAACUUGCAAUCUAACAUCAGGUAAUCAACUCGCCGAAUAUUAGGAAGAUGUCCAUUUACUAAACCUCUACUAUGCCGGCGUAGGGAUCGUCGUUACUUGCGGUAGCUAAGACUCAUUUCGUACCUACGUGACUAAACCAGUCUUCAACAAUUGUUUGAGCCUCUCACUCUAUCUGGAUUUUGUCCUGCAACCUCUUAAGGAAUAUUUAAAGACAUCACUUCUUUUGACUGCCGGAGCUUUAAGAUAAUGGUAGUUUCUUGGUGUUGGGCGGAGAAGAAAACUUAGUAAACAUUUCCAACAACACAAAACAAAUGCGAACUAACAUUACUUAAUGUCUGCAAUACCAAGAAACAAUGCACCCAAGAUAACAUAUACUACUAGAGAGUUCAGUAUACUCCAUAGAAAGGUGUAAGAAAACGAGUUUUAGUCGCGACCUGAUCGAGCAAGUAAGAAGAACUGAAACGUUGCGAUAAGGACCCCAUUAGCUGCCAUAAACUGAUCAGAUGGACUCAUGAUCAGUGGCCAACUUAAAACCUUGAGCAUCAUAAAAGGGUUCUUGGUCCAAUUUUUUUACGAGAGAUAAAGAAGCUUCACUAUAAGAAACAUAUGAAAAUGGAGCGUUGAAAAUCCGUUGCACAAGGCGAAUAGUACUGGGGUGCUACAUACUUGAAAGGUUUAACUAACAGAAAUCACUUUGUCGUUAGACCCUUCUCACUAAAAUGAUUAACUAAAAGAAGAUUGAGAUGGGAAAGCGCCUGCACAAGCUUGUGUCAGUUUCAAUCAAGUGAUCAUUCAACUUUGCCUCUAUACUUAUCAGUUUGGGGUUUCGUAACUGAACCGACGCAACGAAGUGAAAUAAUCUUGUUUCUUCUCUAUUAUUAUGUAUUAAAAAUAUAUCGCCGUUUCUGAUUGUCUCUAGUCCCAUCGCUAAAUCCCCACAACCGGUACACGGUUACUAUAUUUGGAAGCCGAUGUAGGACGUACCCAAUCGAUGGCAUGCUCCUCCUCGAUCUGCAUAAUUCCUCACAUCUUAGUCAGACUCCUUCAAUAACUGUUAAAUAUAUUAAAUAUUUGUUACUCAAGAAGGUUCUCAAUAAAAGAGGAAAACUUUGAACUUGUUUCCGCCAUGUUAAGGCGGGGAGUCGAAAAAUCACCCACAUUGAUCACGUCGAGCGAACAUUACAUUAUUCACGAUAUAUACACUAUUACUUUCAAUCCGCAGAAUUGAUUUCUCUAAUUUUGCCGACUAACUGCGAAUGCGGUCAACUUUAAUCAUCGAGACCCAUCUGUUGUCUAACGAAAAAUUCAGAAAGAAAGAGCCUCAGAGAAUGUUCCCCUAAAUCUUAAUUUACUAGUUAGUAUCUUUUUAUCUUUGUUAGUAUCUUUUUCUUUUAGCAUCUUGUGUUUGGAUUUUAUUUUUGUUCAUUCACGGUAACGUUUGAAAGAAGUUCAGUUUGCUACAUCCGCUUUCCUUUCCCUUACAUUGUAUUUUAUUUCGCUCUUCCUUCCCUUUACCCUUGUUUACUAAUUCUGUCCCAAUUUGCUUUACGACCUUUUACCAAAAAUGCCAAACGAAGAUAAGUACGACUUCAAUUAUUAAUGUAUUUGUACCGUGCGCAAGUCACCUUUUUUUUACAUUAGGAGCUUUUACAAUAGAGAGCCACCACAGGAACGAGAACGUCGUAAAAAUCCUAGAUUUAGAUUAGCGACCUUGCCAGUUUAUCAUGCUUUUGAACCUCCUUCAAAACUUAUUAGUAUUCAGUGGGGAUAUCGUCCAAUGGACUUUAUGAACUCAGUCUCUUGGGGCGGGGCCUUUAACUCGGUCUGAGGAAAAAUACGAGUUAAAAUGACUGAAACAUUUAUUGUAAAUACUAAUAAACAUAAAAUGUUUUGUACUACCCCCGGUCAUCCUAAUUUGCAACAAAAUUAAAAAUUAUUUGCGAAAACUUAUUCACAAAAAUGUCGAAGUUUUUAAACUGAGAAAUCACCAGACUAAUCCAAUUUCACGACUACUUAUUCAUAGUUGGUGAAGUGAGACGCAAACAAUUCUUACAUGUACCAGUCACUGACCGAUUUGCAAUUCCGCAAAACUUAAUUUAUAUCAAUUCCCAUUAUCAAAAGGUUGAGUUUGAUCGUCCGGGUGAACGUAGUCCUGAAUAGGACUGUUGUUGUUGACAGUGACUGACGUUUCGACAACCUGUGCGGUAGUCAUCUUCAGAGUCAAAGUGAGUUGUGUCACGUCAGUUGAUGGUAUUAUAAUAAUAUAUAUUAUAUGACGUGACACAACUCACUUUGACUCUGAAGAUGACUACCGCACAGGUUGUCGAAACGUCAGUCACUGUCAACAACAACAGUCCUAUUCAGGACUACGUUCACCCGGACGAUCAAACUCAACCUUUUCAAAUGACUCCUGGGCUCAUACCUUUCACAAUUCCCAUUAUGUCGCGUCGCAUCGCAGUUAGAUGUAGUGACACUCUCUUCGAACGUUUUUCCCUCUUGUACGAUUCAGAAUAACUGUAGAAAAUUCUUUUAUUUGGAUAGCCGUUUUGCGAAGGCAGGUAGACGCUUAGGGCCUGUUUACAUGGAGGUGGGGGUCCACAGGUGAGUGAGGUGACCCGCUUAGGUAGGGUAACCCGCAUGUCCAUACAAUCUCUCAUAUGGUCAUUCCACCUAUCAUGUAAACUUGAUCAAAUUAAAAUGAGAGAUUAUAUGUACAGGCGAUUUACCCACCUUCAUGUGAACUGGACUUUAAACUGUGGCACUUGAGGUUGUACAAUGUAUUUGCAUAAUUAUAUCUGACCAACCUUUGAUGUUUUAGUUGCUUUUUUGUUCCGAUUUUAUUGUUAUUUUUUUAAAAUUAAAAGGCGAAAACCGUUAUUUGGCAAUCCUAUUGCAAUGAAAUUUCAAGAAAUAGUAAUAAUUUAUCAGCCGACCCCAUAAAAUGGCUUUUCUAUGUCGGCUGGCGGAACAAACGAGAGAGAACGCGCAAGCAAGCGGCAAAGCAGCCUUUCUAUCUCGCCUCAGCCUUCGAUAGCAGUCGUUUCUGCUCGCUUCUCGCCGCUAGGGACAAGCGUUGUAAAACAUUUUAACCGCAGAGUUAUCCAAUGCUUCCCAGCUUCUUCAAGUUUUGAUCAUUUUAACUAUUGUCUAUUUUAACUGCAGAAUGUCAAAAUUACGGGAGUCUGGACAAUGCUGACAGGAAGAUAACUUAUGGAAGGCCCAACAAUUCUUGUGAUAGCGGUAUCGGCCCUGGAUGGUUUCGUUUUGAAGGGUCUGCCGGCACAAGAAUGCCAACUUCAUGUCCACCAACCCAUAGGUGUAACGCUGAUGCAACCGGCUGGAUGAAUGGUGCACAACCCUCAGUAGCAGAUGGUCAGGUCAGCAGGCAGGUGCGUUUCCACUGGAUUGAUUCAGGCUGCUGUCAGUGGUCAACAAACAUCAAAGUGAGAAAUUGUGGUUCAUAUUAUGUGUACUAUCUUAGUGGUACACCUGGUGGUUGUCAUCUCCGUUAUUGUGGCACUGACUAA